AUGGUGGCCGGAAUUAAGCUUGACACCCUUAAAGACUGUCUCCAGUUCCUGCAGUGGCUGCAUGAUGAGAAAAGUAUGCAAGACCAGGUGGCCAGAGAACUGGUUAAGGGCAAGCUGCCACCUGCUGUCUUUGAAUUCCUCGGGCACGUGUCCACGUUUUACAACAAAUUAUGCAAAACCCCAACGGCGGGAAGUUAUGUCAAUGCAAAAGCAAAGGAUGUCACCGAUGCGCUCCUCGAGUGCGUUCCCAAGUUACUCGCCGCUUUGUAUUUUUUGCUCUACAAUGUGGAUUAUAGAUUCGAUGCAGUGGGUGGAGCGAAGUGGGAGUACAAUUAUCCUGGGUGGGAGUCGACUUGGUUUAGACACUUUUGGCAACAAGAGUAUGGAGGGAGGCUGCAGGGUUAUCUCAGGGCGUCACUGAGCGAUAAAUACGGUGGCCUCAUACUUGGUGGAUUCGGCCCAGAAGAGGUGACGUAUGGUUAUGACUAUAAUUCUCGCUAUGGCUAUCAAUAUGGUAAGGAUAUGACUACGGACCUAAGAACGAUUUUAGACAAUAAGCUCCACAAUUAUUUCCGUGACGUAUUUUUUACAACAGUCAUUACUACCACCGCCGGCACACAACCCGUGAACACUGCGAACGUUCUUGCAUUAGUGAGAACGUUUUGCCAGAUUGUCGACGCUGAGACGAAGAGAGAUCAGGGUAAAAGGUUGAAAGCCAAAUUGGAUACAACCUUGAAGGGGCAAAACAAAUGCAUAAAUUGGGAGCACUUAAAAUCCCAUUGUUCUAGAUUGAACUCGGAAUUGGAAAAGUUGUUCAAGAAGGAAGCCUUUUCCUACACCGGCCAGGCGCGGAGUGUUAAGGAGCUUAACACUGAGAAAUUUGCAGAGGAGACAGCAAAAUGGUUUAGACAACAUUUGCACGAAGUUCAACAGAAUGUGAAACAAAUAAAUACAAAUUUCCCAGUCGACGACACUCUAUAUUUGACUGCUCUUCGGCCAUUUGCAACCAAAAACAUAUUCCCCUACGGUUUUAUAUUUGGUAAAGGACGAUAUGGAACGCUGGGCGAGGCGUGGAAGACGUUGUCGGAUCAUUGGGACAGUGUCAUAGAUAUGCUUGGCAGAGAAGAUGACGGUUUGGAUAAGUUAAAAAGAAUUCUGGAUGGUGAGCAGUGUCCCCCGCCUCCAAAACCACGACCCAGGCCGGUGCCUGCGCCAAGGCCCCCGAGGCCUGCCAGAACUCCGGGUGGAAUGACAUCCGGUCCGAGAGGCGGUGGAGGUGUGUUGUCCCGUGGGAGUCAUGGUUCUGGUGUUAGGGGAGGGACAGUGCCUAACCGUAUGGGCGGGAUCCAAGGUAGAGGAGGGGCACAAAACAGGGGAAGGGGAGCAAUGAGAGUUAGAGCACAAGGCCCAGGGGCUCAUGGCGCUAAGGGCGUACAGAGGAGUAGACAUACAGGGCAUAGGGCAUCUACUGAGCCUCAACUCUUACAUCGUCAAUCUACUUCCCAGUCCCAUCCUCAACAACCUUCCCACAGUGCUCCUAGAGUCCCUAUUCCACUGGCUGAAAUACUUCCGACUCCACCGCACUCUGUGUCUCAAACCUCUGUGCGUGGCCCCUCAAGUGCGUCCAGCUCAAGAUCUUCGUCACCUAGUGUCACUAAUGCCGGUGGUACGGGACUGGGUCCACAGGCGGCUGCUUCUGGACAUAGUCAACGGAGUAGUCAAGACUCAGCUCUCAAUCAUGACACCACCCCAGGCAUACCCGGUCAGCAUUCGGAUUCAGGUGGCGGUAGAGGGGCUGCAGUUUCGCCGGGGGGUAUGGACGAGAAUUCAACGGGCAGUGUUUCCACAGCCUCCAAACCUGCUGCCUCGCUAAGCGUCGAUCUAUCGCAGGUUCAAAGUGCUCCAAGAGAUGUUCAGUCUGGUGGGCAUAAUAGUGAUCCAGGCAGUCCAGGGCCUUCUUUGACACAGGCUGGGUCAAGUCACGAUGGACCACCGGUGGCCGUUGAUACGCCAAUUGACCAGGCUCCGGGUCCAGACAGCAAUCUUUCUCCGGGAAUACGUCCCGAUGUCUCCUCAAAUGUAAGCGACACUCAGAAUUCAAGGAUUCAAGCCCCAGAUCCCCUGACGCCACCUGAUGCUGCUCAGGAUCUGAAAGACCAGGCACUUUCUCCAACUCGACAAAUUGCUCAUCAAUCUUCACACGUUCAAAGUGCCCGUCAGAGCGUCGACAGUGCCGAUAGUCAGUCAGCUGCUGCAAAUCGUGCAGGUCUAGGUGUAGGAGGAGGCGCUGGAGGGGGAGUCUCGGCAGAUGGUACGGAUGGCGAUUCCCAGGUCGUAGUUCACUCUGGUAAAUCUUCUAAUGCCCCUCAACCUUCUGUUCGACUUCACACCCCAGCUCUUUCAGCCGCAGGUCCUCCAUCUGAUAUCUCUGGUUCACCGGGCGAUUUGGGCCUUACUCUCCCAUCGCCUUCUAAGGUAAAUCCUCAGGGCCACACGGAUGAUACAGGCGGCCAUAACCCGGCAUCCGUUCUACAUGCUCCUGGCCAAACUCCUCUCGGUAAUUCUGACGAUGUAGUUACAAGAGCUCAACAACGUGUUGAACCUCAGGAUAAUGGAUCUCUAGGUCAGCCAGCCCCGGCACUUCCUGCUCCUCCCCCAACCACAGCUGCAGAGCCUUCAAAUUCUCAGAACAGUAUGCAUGGACCCGUCGGGGCCCAAGGUGUUCACGAUAAAGGAGCUAUGCAGAGUCCGGGUCCUAAUUUGAUCGGCAACACAGACCCUGCAGGGCCUCUAAAUCAACAGGUAACCUCCAGUUCUACUGUAGCACAUAACGCCCAUGGUAAGUCAACAAACGGAUCUCCAGAUUCAACGGGCGGUGACGUUCAUGGUGCACAGCCUACUCCCCCUCGAGCCCCUGUGCUUGCUCAGUCUCCGAGUGUUUCAGGGUCAAGCUCUGGGUCAGCUAGUGGCCAGGGGAGUGGGUCACAAGGUGGUCAAGAUGUUGGUCAACCAACAGGUGCAGGCUCCGAUAACACUUUAAGCAGCGGCGCUAAUACACCGGGUGUCCCGGCGCCUGGUGGAGGUGGGAGUGCAGGAGGGGGUGGGGGUUCUGGGAUCGGCCAUCAGGGUGGGACGGGGGUUCAUGCUACACCUCAAGUUACCGUUAAAAAAGAUCCGCCGCAACACGUAUUGGACAAUUAUAGGAAGCAAGAGGAAAUUAAAAAGAAGCGUGAGAAAGAUCUGCAGAACAUAAUGCAGAAUGCGGAGGAAGAAAUCUGGAGUGCACAGAAAAAAUCAUUUGCCCAGGAUAAAAAAGGAUUGGGACAAAACCCCCCCAAAACUCCUAGAAAUGGUAAAAACCUCCAGGCUUUUAAUUUGUCCAGAGAUCAUCCCAAUCACCCACCUCAGCCCAGCCACCCUCCUCCGGGAACUCCCCCUCAUCCUACCGAUGGCCGUCGUCGCCUUGUGAAGCAGUAUUAUGAACUGGGAGAGGAGCGAACAAGGCAGGGGGCCACGCCUAUCACAUUUGCAGAUGGCAAAGUCAUCGAUGAUCCCUUUUUUGAGGAAGAAAAAAAAUACAGAGAAAAAGUUGAUAGAAUGUCUCUAAACAAGCAGACGGUGGAUGAGUGGAACUGGGAUGCAAAAAAUGAAGAGCGUCGGCUUGCAUCAGAGAAACUGAAUGCAGAAAGGAAGGAAAUGUUGGCAUAUGCGAAAAAUACAGCGGAUCAGCUUAAACUGUUAGAUGAACUUCAGACGAAAGCUGUCACAUAUUCUCCUCCUCAACCUAAUUAUUCUGGUGUUGCUAUUGUGCAGUCACGGAUCGAUGAUGAACAACGAAAGACGGACAUGCCGCUUGAUGGAUUUGUUUUCGAGCCCCCGGAUCCAGUUCUGCCAAAAGCCCUGCCAAUGACACCGGGUCGUAAAACCCAACCAACUAAUGGACCCAUUGGAGGACGAAUAGUCAGUCCCAGGGAGAAGCCUAUUCCUCUAAAUAAUUUCCCAUAUCCGUCUCCAUUUUACUGGGAACCUUUUCAACAAAUGGCUCCAGAAGAGAAUACGUACGACAGCAAAGGCAACUUGAAAAGAAAAUCUGAUUCGUUCGGUGUAAUGAUUGAAAAGCCUCCACGAAAACUAGAUCUCAGGACGCCCAAAGACUUACCAAUUCCUACUGAGGCAUUGCCGCCAGCAACACCUAGUCACGAUGACGUUUUUAAAGGACAUUUGGAUGAUUCCAAGAUAUUUGAUAGAGCAGAUUCCCAAUCUAAGAUUGAUUCACACUUUAAUAAAUUUGUGAAAUCGUCAGAAAUUUUGUCAAACUCGUUAGGAGACCAUGUUACCAACAAGCCGUUUGAACCUCUCGACUUCAGUUUUUCUCCCUACGAAGGCCUUGCUAAAAAAGGUUUUACUCCAACAUGCCGUAACCCCUGGUACGUUGCUCCUGCCUCCUCCACUACCACCCCUCCAACCCGCUCCCCUCCCCCAGACUCGGACCGUCUGCCCCCUCCGAACACCGUCAGGGAAAUGCUCUUCUGGCUGGUCGGGUUGAAUGAAUCGGGGUAUAUUGGCACGAUCGAGAAGCAUGUUCACAGCAUUCUAAAGGACACUAACAAAGAUCUCUCUCAUCCUCAUGAUGCCCUCGAGGUCACCAGAGAUCCUUACAACCUGGACGCUGCCCGUGUCGCCAACACCCUGACCGAGGCGUGUCUCUACUCGGCCAACGUUCUCCACAGGAUUAAGCACAAAGACAUUUCGACAGCUGUUUCAAUGCCUGACUUCACCUCAGAAUAUUCCAAGCUUCAUUACUCCUCCAACCCCGCCUGCCUUCUCUGCCAGCUGCGGGAUUACGUCUACGCCUGCUGCCACCAGUUGACGUUCCUCAAGGUGCAGUGUUCGCGGGAUCAACUAAAUGGUGGUUGGCAGGAUUGUAAGUACGGCUGUGAUGUAUCGUCUCCCAAGUCCCCCCUCCAGGCCUUCCUGACUGACGACCCCGACUCCAUCUUUAAGACACAUCUUUUCGACCCGCGCGAUAUCUGCCGCAAGAGCCGGGUCAACAUGGGAUUCCGGAAUGAGGAUUUGCCUGAAGAUAAUCUACAAGGCAAACAUAUUUCCACCGUCCUCUCUCCCACCUGCGGCGGCGAGGACCCCCUGCUGACGUUGGCGUCGUACCUCAACUGCAUCACCAGGCGUACGCCGCGCACUACCGGGGAGCUUGUCUCUUUCUUCCACAAUUUCGGGAAUUCACUGCACUUACCAUCUGCAAAGUUGUCUCCACUGGGCUCCGCCCUCUCCCAGCCACAUCCUCACUGCCCCGACUGGGAUAGUCUUGCUGCCGAUGACCUCCAAGUCAUCAAGUACGUCCGGGGCUCCGCCCCUCUCAACGCCAACUCCAACCACAACCACGACAAAGACCAUCCCCAGACCCUGUCCACGCUGCUCGGCUGCGGCAUCGAUAAUGCCAACUGCCCACAGCAUAUGAAGCCCAUCACCUACCGGGCCUACGCCCUGUACUCUUCCAGCUUCGCCCACCACUACUUCAGCUGGACGGUUUAUCUACCAGACAGACUGUGGAAGUCAUUGCUCAAGUUGCACUAUGAUCUCGAGAAGCUUCAAUGUCAUGACUCCAAGUCCAAGCCCCUCCACCAGUGUGACAAGGCCCUGCCCCUCCUCUACUCUCACGGGCUCACGCCACCGGAGGGUAUGCCAUCAUCACAACUCAAGUGUUCAGAUGUCAUCUCCAAGCUGGAGCAGGUGGUCAACGGCAAGCCUAUCGCAGGCCUAAUGACCGCCAUGGACACAUUCCUCUGGCACAUCAGGAUGCCCUUCCUCUACACAGUGUUCACGCUCUGGCUCACCGCCACGCUCUACAUCGCCCACUCACUCCUCUACCGCAUGGACGUCCUGCGCAUCCGCUCGCACCUCCUCACCACCAGGGCCUCACACCUCAUCGACGUCAAGGCUUUGCUCGCCGAAAGCCGCAGGAUGCUCUCGCUCUACAAGGACGUCGACUACUUCGACGAUGACUUUCACUCAUGA